CCAUACCCAGAGCAGCAGUGUCACGUAACAGACAGCUUCCCACGGCCAACCAGGCUGGUGCAGCCGCGUGUACUACGCGGCAUCUGGGCACGCUGAAGCAUUGGCUCCUCUCUGGGGAGUGGAGGGGGCUCAGUUAUUAAUGACCGCUGAGCAGGCAGCACCAUGUCAGUUUGACAAGUGAGCGGGUGAGCGAUGCACCACUAACCACCAUGGAAACAAGGAGGAAUAAGAAGAGCUAGCGAGCGUCUCUUUCCCUCCCCUCCUCUCUCUCUCCACUGGAUUGCGAGCCUCAGUCAGCCAGGCAGCAACAGCGCUCUGGCAAACAUAAGGGAUCUCAGCUGGCAGCACAGAGAGUCUCUCAUGUUGUAGGAUAUCAAUAGAUACGUCUUUGUAUUAUAUACCAUUAGACACACACACACUGACUCACACACACAUAUACAUGUAUGCACGUCUAUUCAGACUCUGGCUUUGAUACAAGUAUGUGGCUACCUGAACUAAGGAAUCAAAAUUACCGAGAUGCAAGAACUCCUCCAGCUCUGAAACUACUCUUAUUAUAGGGUCAUCCUGUCAUUCCCUCAAACACUAAUCAGUCAUGGGAUUUGAAGUUAAUACUACUAAAUAAAUGAAUUGCUCAAUCUCCAAUGACCAUCUAUACAUACUUCAUUUUCACAAGGCUUAUCAAUUUUAUGUUGUCAAGGACAAAGUGACCUUCAUUUCCACAAAAUGCCUCUUUUUACUGGACAAGUUGAUUACAAGUGUAUCACUUAUCCUCAGGAAGAAAGUCCUUCGCAAUCAUCCUUUGACAAAUGCAAGGAUGUAUAUUAUCAAUUGACCAGGUCAUACUGAAUUCCAAAACCACAGCUGUGGAGUACUUUUAUUUUUCUGAACAUUUGCGCUAAGAUGAAGGACAUGCAACCCAAAAUCAAUUUUCUACUUGGCCUAGUUAUCACUGCACUAGUACAAGCUGUUGAAAAAAAAGCAGACUGUCCAGAGUCAUGUAUAUGUGAAAUCAGACCAUGGUUCACCCCCAAGUCUGUGUAUAUGGAGGCCCCAACAGUGGACUGUAAUGAUUUAGGCCUUUUUAACUUUCCUGCCAGACUGCCUGCCAACACACAGGUUCUACUUCUACAGACUAAUAAUAUUGCAAAAAUUGAACAUUCGGUAGACUUCCCAGUGAAUUUAACUGGUCUAGAUUUAUCUCAGAACAAUUUAUCCUCAGUGACCAGUCUCAACCUUCGAAAGACACCACAGUUGCUUUCAGUGUACCUUGAAGAAAACAAACUUACUGAGCUCCCUGAAGAAUGUCUCUCUGGACUCCACAAUUUACAAGAACUUUAUAUUAACCAUAACCUGCUUUCUGUGAUUGCACCAGGAGCUUUCAAAGGCCUCAGUAAUCUUCUCAGACUUCAUCUCAAUUCAAAUGGUCUGCAAAUGAUCAACAGGAAGUGGUUUGAAGCUACUCCUAAUCUUGAAAUUCUCAUGCUUGGAGAAAACCCAAUAAUCAGAAUUGAAGAUAUGAACUUUGAGCCUCUUAUCAAUCUGCGCAGCCUAGUUUUAGCAGGCAUAAAUCUCACUGAAAUACCAGAUAACGCUUUGGUUGGCCUCGACAAUUUAGAAAGCAUCUCCUUUUAUGACAAUAGAUUUGUUAGAGUGCCCCACAUUGCUCUUCAAAAGGCUAAAAAUCUUAAAUUUCUGGAUCUAAAUAAGAAUCCUAUUAACAGAAUACGACGAGGAGAUUUUAGCAAUAUGCUGCACCUAAAAGAGUUAGGAAUUAAUAACAUGCCUGAACUGAUUUCUAUAGAUAGUCUUGCUGUUGAUAAUUUGCCAGAUUUAAGAAAAAUAGAAGCUACCAAUAACCCCAGAUUAUCAUACAUUCAUCCAAAUGCAUUCUACAGACUUCCAAAGCUGGAGUCACUCAUGCUUAACAGCAAUGCGCUGAGUGCCCUGUACCGCAGUACAGUAGAAUCCUUGCCUAACCUCAAAGAAGUUAGUAUACACAGCAAUCCCAUUAGAUGCGAUUGUGUCAUCCGCUGGAUUAACAUGAAUAAAACAAAUAUUCGCUUCAUGGAGCCAGAGUCCCUGUUUUGUGUAGACCCUCCUGAAUUCCAAGGCCAGAAUGUGAGACAGAUACACUUCCGCGAAAUGAUGGAAAUCUGUUUGCCCCUGAUAGCUCCUGAAAGUUUUCCAUCUACUCUGGAUUUAAAAACUGGCAGCCACAUUUCCUUGCACUGCAGAGCAACAGCAGAACCAGAACCUGAAAUCUACUGGAUAACACCAUCAGGACACAAACUUCUGCCUAAUACUAUUUCCAAUAAAUACUACAUUCAUUCUGAAGGAACAUUAGACAUAAGAGAUGUAACACAAAAAGAAAGUGGUUUAUACACAUGUAUAGCAACAAAUUUAGUUGGUGCAGACCUCAAGUCAGUUAUGAUUAAAGUGGACGGCUCUCUCCCUCAGGACAGCAAUGGAUCUUUGAACAUUAAAAUAAAAGAUAUAAAAUCUAAUUCUGUUUUGGUUUCAUGGAAAGCAAAUUCUAAAAUUCUGAAGUCCAGUGUUAGAUGGACAGCUUUUCUGAAAGCUGAGAACUCUCAGGCUGCACAGAGUGCUCGAAUACCAUCUGAUAUAAAGGUAUAUAAUCUUACACAUCUAAAUCCAUCAACCGAAUACAAAAUUUGUAUAGAUAUUCCCACUAUCUAUUCACAGAAUAAGAAACAAUGUGUCAAUGUAACCACAAAAGGGCCGGACCUGGCAAUGAAAGGCUAUGAAAUGAACAACAUAAUAGGAUUCCUUGUCUGCCUUGGAGCUCUUUUGGGAAUCAUCUCUGUGAUAUAUCUCUACAUCUGCAUCUCACGAGAGAUGAACUGUGACGAGGGACAUGGCUAUCUAAAGAAUUACCUGAAGAAACAAUCCUUUUCACUGAAUGAGUUUUAUCCUCCUCUAAUCAGUCUUUGGGAUAUGGGCAAAGGAAAAAGCACAGCAAUGGAAGUAAAAGCAACUGCAAUAGGUGUACCAACCAAUAUGUCAUAAAUAUGUCAGUAUACCACUUUAUUUCUAAAAUAAAAAGCACAUGACUGCAUUUGUGCUGAAUAAAAACACAACAAAAAAAUUUCUUUUAGGAACUAGAUGCCUGGUCUUCGCUGCUGCUGACAAAGUGGGAAUAUCUACUGACUCAGUAAAAGAGAAUAAUUUUAACUAACUGGUUUCUAAGGGUAUUCCACCAACCAAAUACAAUUAGCUUCAUUUUCUAGAACUUUCAUGAGACUUUCAAGUCUGGAAUACAGUGCAAGUAGCCAAGAACACUUUCUGUACUUUUUUUUUUUAAUUAUUAUAUAAAAGUAGUGGAACUGAGCAAUACCUCCUCCUGUGCUGUAUUACACACACUAGCCACGAGUUUUUGCAGUGAACAGAUAUACUAAGAUUGACAAGUGGUGUAAUGAAAUGGACAAAUUCUGUAGAUUAGACACAGUGAGUAUGUGAAUUUUUUUUAUGAGGAAAAUACAUUUUUGAUUAAAAGCAAAAUAGUUUUUGGCUUGUUUGUUUCUUAAAAAAAUCAUUCUGGGAACUACUGUCUGACAAUAAACAAACUCAUUCUAAUGUCUGAUAAAAUAUCUCUUUACAUAUUUUUCUGUUAAAAUGCCAGUGUGAGCACAUAGGGUAUUUUUGCUGGGUUUAGGCUGUAUACCUGCAAUAAACCACCUAAUAAAAAUUUUAUAAAGUACUUACCCAUAAUAACAACCAUAUUUUAAAUGUUGCUUAUUUUGGGAGGAAGAAGAGAGAAGAGGGGUGGGAAGGACACAUAAGACUGAUAGGGAAACAGAUCGUUAGCUACUGAUAACAGCAAAUUUUGAGCUGCUUUGCUAUUUUCCCAGAAGCCUGAAUUCUGAAUGCAAUGUUCAGACUCAGAUAAUGUAAAUCCAAUAUCUUGUCUUUAGUCAAAAGAGUAAUUAAGUCAUUAGUAAUCUCAAAAAUUUAGGCUGUUCACACAGGGAGCUCAGAUAACUUGAACAGUUUGAAUGAUAUCAAAGUUUUCUUUCUGGACCUAUACAGCUUUGUUCAGUAAUAGCAACUGACUAGUUUAUAAACCUUCUCAGCUUUCAAAAUGCAACAAACAAUAAAUGACUGACAGAAACAUUAUAAGUAGAAAUGAAUUGAAACAAACCAAAACCACAACAAUAAAUACCUGACUACUCAUACUGAAGCUAAAGUUCUCAUGGGAGACGGACUGGGGCCAUAAGAAGCAAAUGCGCACAAGAAACUGCUGAUCAGAAUGUUGAUUGCAAGGUAAACCCAAUUCUGCUAGAAUGUAAAAAGUCACUGCUUCUAAGCCCAGCAGAGAAAAGACAUCUCUCCAUUAAGAUACCUGACGAAAAGAUGUGGUGCCUCCAAACAAAGAAAGUAAUAGCAAAAUACUUAUGUUAUUUUCAUUCACAUAUAUGAAAACAAACAGGUACAAUUAAGGAAAAAAAAUGGAUAUCUCUGAAUAUUGUGCUUAAGGAAGUAAAUAUUCACAGAAUGCAUAGGUAGCUUGAAUUACAAAGUAAGAAUAGGAGUAACAUUUCUUGUAAGUUUUCAGUAGACUUUAAUAUUUUUUAAACUCAAUAAUAACAUACAUUGUAUCUUUCUAGACUUGUUGGAAGUAAACAUUUUUGUGGAAACAUUGAUAGAAUUUUUGUACAUAGAAAAGUAGUUAGUUCUUAUAUUUAAAGUUUAAAAGAAGAGUUACUUCUUGUAUUUAGUUAUUAACUUUUCUACUUACUUAUAGUUUGCUGCAUACUUUCAAAGUAUUACAGGUCUAUAAACACUUAUAAUAUUGAAAAAUAAUUUCAUUUUAUCUAGUAUUAAUGAAUUGCUUUCAUGUUAAAGAUGUCAUAUUUCUAGGUAAAUUCCAGGAUUUUUAAAUUACAUAAAGGUAUUUUCCAAAGAUGUUAGAGGCAGAAAGAAGAAUCUGAUACUGAUUUUAAACUACCAUAACUUAGCAUAUUCAUAAAGUCAAUAUGUUUCACUGAAGAAGGAAGUUCACAAACCUGGCGAAUUGCUGUCACACAUAGAUGCACAUUGAAGUUGACCAGAGGAAUGCUGAGACAGCAAGUAAGAUUUCAGCACCACGGACAGCUCAUGGAGAGCUGUUCUGUAAGGCAGGGUCACCUAAAUGGGACCCGUCACCCAGAAGAUAUUACACUUGUCAGCAAGAACUUGUUUACAUAUCUUAUAUAUUUUCCCUUUGAAAUAAAACUAUAUUUAGAACCUACAACACUUAGAGCUUAUGGGAAACUAAUUUUUUUUUCAGGCAAAACCAUCUCUGCACAAUGCAGUAACAAAUAAAAUAACAAAAAUAAGAGUCUGAUGGGGAGCACUGAUAAAAAAGACAUUUUCCCCUCACAGAGUAAGUACAGGGUUUUAUUUACUUCAUUUAAAUAUCUCACUAAAAGAUUUGCUGGCAGACAAAAAUUCUACAUUUAAAGAAGAAUUCUUAUAUGAAACUUCCGAGAGCUGAAAUGUAACCAGAUGUAUCUCGCAAAUAUUUGAAUUGUUCUAUAGCUUCUACUGAUAUCAAAUGAAAAUAUAUCUUACAUUUUAAUGAAAAAGUGAUUAUCAUGUCGCUAUACAUAAAUUAAAUUCCUUUAUAUCACAAAAUGAUAUAAAUAGAAUCGUAUUUCCUUAAGUAGUUUUGCAACCUUCCUCUCCAUUUUACAACUUUACCUUUCUUUCUCUGAAAGUACCUCUGAAAGCAUAUACUGACCUUUGUUUUCAGCUUACCAACAAAUGCCUCUUCUGUAACUGACCAUCAUGAAUACUCUUUAUUUGUGCUAAAAUGCCAACACUACUAUCACUAAGAUCUGAAACUUUAAGAAACAGUAGGGAAAUGUCCAUACAAACUGGGUCAAUAGUGUCUCUGCAAUAAGUUACAAGAUCAUCAAAAUUUUUGUGACUCAUAGAAUAAAAAUUUUGUGAUUUGGUAGGAGUACUUAACUGAUAGAGUACAAAGAAGGAAUACAAAUGCGGUAAUCCUCUUACCAUAGGAUCUGCAGAAAGAAAAGCUUGCAGAUUUAGAUUAAAACUUUAAAAAGACAUACUUAUUAGUACAUUCAAGUUAAUACAACAUUCAUUUUUUUCAUGAACUUAUAUGUCAACAGUAUUACAAUUCUUUAGUAUUCUAAUGAGAUUUUAAAUACCCUUAAACAGAAAUCUUAUAUGUUUCUAACAGAAAUGUAAUUUUAGUGAUAUUUUUUGAUCAAAUUCAAUGGAGUGCAAGAACAUGUUAAAGGCAAAAACCAUGUUGGAGGUGAGGCCAUAUAAACACACUUAAGUUAGAUUUCAAAAUGUACAUUGUUCAAUUAAUGGUAGUUUCAUCCUCUUACCAUACACACUUGUUUGUAUAUGUGUGUGUAUGUGCAAAUACUUCUGUUCUAUUAGCAAUUUGUUAGCCUGCCUGCAGAACUUUAUACCAUUAUAUCUGCAUUGCAUUAUUUUAUCUACUAUAUGGAAGUAGCAUCUUGUAGAACACAUGACAAUGCUUCUAAUGGCAGGACUGUGAACUACCUACUAUCCAUAUAAGCACAACAUCUUUAAUAUCUUCAAAGAAACACCUCCAUUAUAUUAGCCUAACAAAUCUCUAAGAAGAUUCAUUAUUUCCUCAUGAUCAAAGACAUUUUUCAUGUUAAAAUCCUCACAGAAUCUAAAGAUGGGCAGUGGGAUUCUUGUGUAGCUGUGCUGUGUGUAAAAAUGGAUAAAUGUUUCUUCCAUAGAUACACUACCCUAUAAACUUGAGGAUCCUUCGGAAGUAAUAAAUCUACCUUUUAGCUCCAACAGCUUAGUCUAUACUUAUCUUCUAUCACUUCACAGACGUAUGUCCAAAAACUCUUAACAACAUUUUUUUAAGCAAAGUAGAAUCUGUUAAAAUAAUUUAGGAAUAAUUUCCUAAUAGUGGUAUAGUAUGCUUUUUAAUAAUCUCUUCAUUUGGAGAAAGGUUGCUUUUUUCCCACAAGGCAUAGGACUAAAAUUUUACAGUCUUUUAUUAAUUGGGUUGAUUUUCUCUUUAAUGGCAGGAGGAACUGACAACAAGAUAUAUUUAAUUUCGUCACAAAAAAAGAAAAGCAUUGUUACAGACCUGUGUUUUAAUUUAUGUAAUAAUUUUCUCUCAGGAACCUAAUGCAUUAAAAGCAGUACUUACUGAUUAUUCAAACCAGAAAAUAGUAGCUCAUAAACAGAUUUAAGUUAUCUUGGCACUUCACAGCCAACCUAAUUCUGAAACAUGCUAUUCACGAAAAACAGAAGGCAAACACAGGUGUUUGAAAAGAUUGGCUAGGUCACACCCAAAACAUAGGAACAAAAUUACUUUUAAUUUCAGUUUUUCAAUUCAGUUAGUUACCUUACUUCUUUCUAUCAGCUACUCAACUGAAAAGUAGCGUCCUAUUCAUAAAAAGUAUUUACUUCUUGGUAAGACAUUUACAAAAAAUCAAUUCUAAUAUUUCCCAGCUAACACAGCCAAAUGC